AUGUCUUUCUUCGAAAGCUGCAAGGACGUCCACAUUGAGAUUAAAGAAGAUGGUCCCUUCCUAGUCUGCUAUGCACGAGAUCAAUAUGGUAGCUAUCCUCAGGCUAUAAUGAGACUGGAUGAAUUUAUUGGUAAUGAUGAUGGGCAUUUCAUCUGGGACGGCGUCAAUUUCAGCCAAUCUGCCAAGGACAUCCGCCUCGAAGGAAGCAACUUGACGGCUGUAUUGGCGAACAAAGACGGAAGAAUGGGAGAUAGACAGAGCAUCGACUUGAAUAAAUACAUUGCGAACGAGGGUGGAGAUUUGGUCAGGUAA